CCUAUUGGAGGACGGAGUCGGAACCCUGGAAGAAGUCUGAACAACCAGACCAAUGUCGACCGGUUGCAUUAUGAAUAUUCUAUCUGGUGUCACUAGAAAUACAAAAGCACUUUCCGACAGGAAUCGAUUAGGACUAUCCAAGCCAUUAACGCGUCUAAAGUGUCUCUCACGAGAGGUGCCCUCGUAGAAACUGGAGCUUUCUAGAGUUUCAUACUUAAAUUCAAGCAUCUCUUCAAGCCUUUCAAGAUUGUCGACACUUGCUUGAAGUUCCUCCGUGAAACAGUCGGCUCCGUCCGUGCCACGCCUCCAUCCCAUCAGUAUGAGCCCGCCCGUCGAGCCAUCAGACCCGCCUCCACCGGCGGCGGUGGGCCCCUGGCGGUCCAAGAGGGCUAUGAAAGCCCGCUCAAAGGGUCCGAAGUGGCCCGCCUUAAAGAAUGUGGGCCAAGAACUGCGAUUGGCCUCGCAACUCAGACUCCGCGAUUUCCAAGCCAAUCCGGAGGAUAUGGAGCUGGAAUUUCCCUCGUCGCUCACCUCUGAGGAGCGCAGUUACAUCCACCGCUUGGCCUUGUCCAUGGGUCUCAAGUCCAAGAGUCGGGGCAACGGAGCAAAGCGCUUCUUGACUGUGUUCAAGCACACCGGUUCCACCAUUGUUCGAUCGGAUGCUACCCUCAAGAUGAGUGCGCGCGCUCUCACCUCCGUUCACACCUUUCUCCGACAGAACCCGGCCACACCCAAGGAAAAAGAAGACUACCAACCGCCCACUGAUCGGGAUCAUCGGGCACAUUCUGCCGGAGCGGGCGAAACAGGUGGGCGUGAAAUUAGCCGUAUGACGGGUAGACUGUUGGGUGGCGCACCCAACGUCCCACCUCCCAGUUCGUGUUCUCGAGAGGUCUUGCAGAUCCGUCAACAAUUGCCUAUCUGGUCACGACAAUCUGAGAUCCUACAAGCCAUCGCCUCGCACCAAGUCACGUUGGUGUGCGGACACACCGGAUCGGGCAAGACCACCCAAGUGCCGCAAUUUAUUCUCGAACAAAGCGCGGAGGAAGGCUUGCCAUGUCGCAUGGCUUGCACCCAACCGCGACGUAUUUCUGCCGUGUCCAUGGCCGAACGUGUGGCUUUUGAGCGGAAUGAAAAGGUCGGUCAAACAGUUGGUUAUCAAAUCAAAUUGGAAUCUCGGAUCUCGCCGAAAACCCUGCUUACCUUUUGCACUUGCGGUGUCCUUCUGCGGACUCUCAUGGGUAAUCCAGCCGCAUUGGCCUCUUACACUCACAUCAUCGUGGAUGAAGUACACGAAAGGGAACGAUUGGGAGAUUUCUUGCUCACCGUGCUGAGAGAAGGCCUAACUCGACACAAGAAUCUCAAACUAAUCAUUAUGUCUGCUACCAUGGACGAACACAUUUUCACAUCCUACUUUGCCAUGCCCAGCUCAAUUAUUGUCCCUGGAAGAUUAUUCCCUGUUCAAGAGUUCUUCUUGGAAUCUGUUCUGACCUUAUUGGAUUCUGACAAACAAAAUGCCAAACGCAAACAGACCAUCGAGGUCCAUUCACAGGAUCAAGAUUUGUCUUUAAACGCUCUUCAAAUCGCAAACCCCGAAGAUCAGAAUGUGCCGAAUUUGAAACCAGUUUUAAGUGCUGACGACACCGCUGCUUUAGACGAAGCACUUUUGAAUGGAUUUCGGUCUGAUGCAGCUCUUCAAGUGUUGCAGGACCUGGUUUUGGAUACCAAUGGUUUCAUUGACUACCAGCACUCAGUAACUGGUGUGACUCCUUUGAUGUGUGCAUCUGUACAUGGAGAUAUCGAUUUUAUGGAACAACUCCUGACAAGUGGAUGCGAUGUGGAUGUUAAAGCUAAAAAUUCUUGGACGGCUUUGGAUUUUGCCAAGUCUCAGAAUCAGAAAGCCGCUGUGGAUACUCUAACUUCUUGCAGUGGGGAUGUCAUGAGCUCUUUGAUUUCAAAAAACCGGGAUGACUGGAUGAGUCUCCCCGAAAAUCAGCGCCAAAGUUUAGAAGCCUACAAUCGAACGAGGCCUCAACAUGAAGUCGAUUUUAAUUUAGCUGCCCAACUCAUCGCUCAUCUCCACGAAACUGAGAAUGUCACAGGAGCAAUCCUGGUGUUCCUCCCAGGACUACACGAUAUCAUGACCUUGAGGAAUUUUCUCUCACCAUUAGAUGGCCUUCAAAUUGUCAUGCUACAUUCACGAUUGGUAGGUUUAGACCAAAGAGCCGUAUUUAAGCCUCCUCCUCGGGGCCUUCGGAAAGUGAUCUUGGCCACGAAUAUCGCAGAAGCUUCAAUCACAGUGGAAGACGUUACAGUUGUUAUUGACUCUGGCAAAGUGAACGAGAUCAGUUUUGAUCCUCUGGCAGGAACGACUAUGCUAAAGACCGUUUGGAUUUCAAAAUCGUCAGCCAAACAGAGACAAGGUCGAGCUGGUCGAUGCCAAUCUGGCAACGUCUACAGGCUCUAUUCAUCACUCGAAUUCCAAACCUUUGCGGAACACACUGUGCCGGAAAUUCUACGCACACCGCUCACGGAGUUGUGCCUUUACACGAAAUUGGUCACUUGCCCUAAUACUUCCAUUGCCGAUUUUCUCUCCCGAGCUCCCCAAGCUCCUUCGUUCUUUUCCAUCCGGAAUGCCAUUCAAACGUUGAAAUCUUUGGAAGCAUUGGAUGCUUGGGAGGAUGUCACGGUUUUAGGUAGUCAUCUCUUAGACCUGCCAGUGGAUCCCAAAUUCGGGAAGAUGAUUCUUUUCGGGGUGAUAAUGAAAUGCUUGGAUCCUGUCCUAACAUUGGCUGCUUCACUCGGUGGUCGUGACCCUUUUGUCAUUCCUAAUGAUCCGGAUAAACGAGCCAUGGUCAAAGCCCGUCGGCGUCGAUUUGUGGGCGAGGCCUACUCGGAUCAUUUAGUGUUAUUACGAGUAUUUCAAGAGUGGGAAAAGGCUCGGUCAGAUGGGCGGGAACGGGCAUUCUGUGUGCAGGAAUCGGUUUCGGGUCCCGCCAUGGAAAUGAUCCUAGGAACUCGAAGCAGGCUUCUGGCGCAACUCCGAGCAUCUGGAUUUAUUCGCUCGAAGCCUCCCCAUGAUAUGAAGGAUCUCAAUAAACAUUCUGACAAUUGGCCUCUAGUCAAGGCUGCAUUGACUGUGGGAUGUUAUCCAAGUCUGGCUCGACAUGAUCGCGAGACGGGCUUACUUCGUUCGGCCAAAGAAAGCACCUUACGACUGAAUCCGGACUGCUCUUUUUUUGCUGCGAAAGGAAAAGGUUCGUCCAAUUCAACAAAAUCGAGCAUCAAAUCCAUCCCCACAGACUGGUUCAUUUUUGAGGAAAUGAGUCGACUGGGCAGGAUGGCUUUGAUCCGUGGUGUCACGGCCAUUUCGCCCGUGACCGUGCUACUCUUCGCCGGGCCGAGUCGAAGACCCUCUUGCCAUUUGGAUCCGGAGGGUGCGGCAGGUCGCUCUCGAAAAGAUGAAUCAAGUGAUAGCGAAUCUGAGACCUAUCAAGAUGGGGCCAACGUCUCAAUUCAACUGGACGAUUGGAUCACAUUCCGAUGCGAGCCAUCUUUAGCCCAAAUUGUUUGGGAUCUGAAAACCAAAUGGUGCUCUCUUCUAAUGAGACGUCUUCAACAUCCAGACCGACCCGCCUCUCCGGCAGACAAUAGUUUCAUUGAUUGCGUGGCUGGCCUUUUGAGGGCCGAAGAUCAGUGCGCCAAGUUUGUUCAACCCUCUGGAAUUGGACAGAAACCCAUUUUCGUCUGAUUUUGUGUCGCUUCAUGUUUCCUUCAAUGACCAUGUUUACUAAAUGUGGUUAUUUGUUGUUUUUUUUGUGAUGAGAAUUGUUCGACGAUAAACGUUACGUUUCAAACGUGA